AUGCUCCCGCUUUCCAUCACCCCGCCCCAUUCUCCCGCUUUCCAUCACCCCGCCCCAUUCUCCCGCUUUCCAUCACCCUGCCCCAUUCUCCCGCUUUCCAUCACCCCGCCCCAUUCUCCCGCUUUCCAUCACUUUGCCCCAUUCUCCCGCUUUCCAUCACCCCGCCCCUUUCUUCCUCUUUCCAUCACCCCGCCCCAAUCUCCCGCUUUCCAUCACCCCGCCCCAUUCUCCCGCUCUCCAUCACCCUGCCCCAUUUUCCCGCUUUCCAUCACCCCGCUCCAUUCUCCCGCUUUCCAUCACCCCGCCCCAUUCUCCCGCUUUCCACCACCCUGCCCCAUUCUCCCGCUUUCCAUCACCCCGCUCCAUUCUCCUGCUUUCCAUCACCCCGGCCCAUUCUCCUGCUUUCCAUCACCUCGCCCCAUUCUCCUGCUUUCCAUCACCCCGGCCCAUUCUCCCGCUUUCCAUCACCCCGCCCCAUUCUCCCGCUUUCCAUCACCCCCCCGGCCCAUUCUCCCUAUUUUCAUCACCCUGCCCCAUUCUCCCCCUUUCCAUCACCCCGCCCCAUUCUCCCGCUUUCCAUCACCCCGCCCCAUUCUCCCGCUUUCCAUCAACCCGCCCCAUUCUCCCUCUUUCCAUCACCCCGCCCCAUUCUCCCUCUUUCCAUCACCCCGCCCCAUUCUCCCUCUUUCCAUCACCUCGCCCCGUUCUCCCUCUUUCCAUCACCUCGCCCCAUUCUCCCCAUUUCCAUCACCCCGCCCCAUUCUUCCGCUUUCCAUCACCCCGCCACAUUCUCCAGCUUUCCAUCACCCCUCCCCAUUCUCCCGCUUUCCAUCACCCCGCCCCAUUCUCCCACUUUCCAUCACCUCGCCCCAUUCUCCCGCUUUCCAUCACCCCGCCUUAUUCUCCCGCUUUCCAUCACCCCGCCCCAUUCUUCCGCUUUCCAUCACCCUGCCCCAUUUUCCAGCUUUCCAUCACCCGGCCCCAUUCUCCCGCUUUCCAUCACCCCGCCCCAUUCUCCCUCUUUGCAUCACCCCGCCCCAUUCUCCCUCUUUCCAUCAUCCCACCCCAUUCUCCCUUUUUCUAUCACCCCACCCCAUUCUCCCUAUUUCCAUCACCCCGCCCCAUUCUCCCGCUUUCCAUCGCCCCGCCCCAUUCUCCCUCUUUCCAUCACCCCACCCCAUUCUCUCUCUUUCCAUCACCCCGCCCCAUUCUCCCUCUUUCCAUCACCCCGCCCCAUUCUUCCGCUUUCCAUCACCCCGCCCCAUUCUCCCUAUUUCCAUCACCCCGCCCCAUUCUUCCGCUUUCCAUCACCCCGCCCCAUUCUCCAGCUUUCCAUCACCCCGCCCCAUUCUCCCGCUUUCCAUCACCCCGCCCCAUUCUAUCGUUUUCCAUCACCCCGCCCCAUUCUCCCGCUUUCCAUCACCCCGCCCCAUUCUCCCGCUUUCCAUCACCCCGCCCCAUUCUCCCGCUUUCCAUCACCCCGCCCUAUUCUCCUGCUUUCCAUCACCCCGCCCCAUUCUUCCGCUUUCCAUCACCCCGCCCCAUUAA